CCUUACACCACAAUUUCUGAAAAGCCGCGAAAACUUCCAGAAACAUCCAGAAAGAGUUCACCCAGUGGCUUCAGAAAUGUCACACACAGUUUGAUAAGCAGGUGAAGUUCCUUAACUGCAUGGGGAUUGUGACACGAAACGAUGUGCCGACGAAGAAGAUGCAGCAUCCCUGGACCGCUUUCUCCGCCAUUGAGUUAGAUGGAAAAAUAUACAAAGAGGGGGAAACUUUGAAAUCUCAGAAGACUCAACCAGUUCUCUACGGCACAGUGCUGUGUUUUUUGUUGUAUGGGGAACAUGGAGGGGAUGUAUAUGCAACAGGCGGACAAGUGGACAUCAGACGGGAGCCAAUGGAGCUGUAUGCGAAUGUCACCAGGAUCAUACCCAUCUCCAAGAUUGACAGGACUGCCACCAGAGAAAGUAUUUGCAAAAACAUUGAGAACGACAGGGACAAGUUGCCAGCAAAGCUGAACGUUGAAUGGCCAGAGGGGAAUCCUUGGCCACAAAAUGCUGUGGUUCGCUGCGGGACUCCUUUAGGCCCCUUAAAGGUUCAAAUUCAUAAUAGAAAUGGGAGAUGGAUCUCAUCCAUUCAUACAGGCGGCCAGGGGGCAUUGAUAAAGCUGGAAGUUAUGCUUACAGUUAUUUUCCAUGGUUCCAAAGGAGGGAAGAAGAUUGCUGAUUUGUCUGCCCAAUCUACUAAAUUUGGACACUGGUUCGAGAAAAUUGAGUCCCUGACCAGCCUGGGAAAAUACACCCUGAGUCUAAAAACUGCAAUACGUGAUAAGGAUCUCUCCACAGUCUAUGGAGGCAAAGAGCUCCCGAGUUAUGAGCUGAAGUUUACAAUCAAAGAGGGAAAUGCAGAAAGCUUUACUGUUCUCAACCCUGCUGAUUCUGUACGAGUGGGAGUGCCAUUCAACAUUCACCUGGAGAUGAAAGAUUGUUAUGGCCACCCUACAACUCCUCCUUCUAAACUUCAGCCUGUUAUUCAGUGCAAAGAUUUGGAGCUGAGUUAUGCAACCAUAAGCAGCAGCGGGAAUACCCUCACUAUAACAGGUGUCAAAGCCAUAGGGAAAGGCCAGGAUUACCAGAAUUCCAGGAUUUAUGAUUUGGACGUGACAGUGCCUGGCCUGAAAAAUCACACACAAACCAUCAAGGCCAGGCUUCUUCCUGGCAACCCACAUUCCCUUCAUGUGAAACCUAACCCAGUGAAAGUGGAGAAUGGAAACCCUGCUAGUUUCAGUGUGGAAGUUCAUGAUGAGGCUGGAAACAUCACUGCCAACCCCAGACAAAUGGUUCGCUGCCAGAUUCCAGGGCUUCAGUUAGUGUCAUCGGACUGCAGCAAAACAGGAGCAGGCCAGAUUGUGACACCAAUUGUGAACGUGAAAAUUAUUGAUGGAAAGCCACAAAUACUCAAUGCACACUUUUCCAUUUUUAGUCACAACGAUGUUCCAGACGUCACAGUUGAGAUGAAGGUUGUGCCUAGCAAUCGAAUCUCCAGGAUGGAGCUGUUCUCUCUGGUAGAGGAAAAAUUGGAGCUGAGAAACAAGGAAAGGAUUGAGUGGCAAGCUGGAGGACUGCUUCAGAAUCUGGUUUACAAAUUGUAUGAUGAGUCGAACAAGGAGGUGGCAGUCACUCCUGAAAUAGCCUCUAACAUCAAGGUUAACUGGACAGGAGAGGUAAAUCUGAGAGCUUUAGUAAAGGGAAGACUGCCAGAUGUACGGGUUCCUACAAAAGUGCAGGACCAGCGCUUCUACCAGGUCUCCUACCAGGACCAGAGUGUGUCUUUCUGCUUUACCAUUGUGCCUUGUCCAGAUGAACCAGCGAGACUAAAGGCAUCUCUACCUAAAAACACAGUGAAGCUUGGUGAAACACUUGAUGAAACCAUAGAGUUGGAGCUUGUGGACCAGUAUGACAAUGUCACCAAGAGGCUGACUGCUGCAGCUGCCGAGUCAAUGACUGUUGAAGCUGAGGGACUGGACCAGUCUAACAUUCAAUUCCUAUGGCAGGAGAGCAGCGGUUCUGCUGCAGUUACCGGAGUCCGUUUCAAGUCAGGGCCUCUUGGGCCCAGGGAGCUUUGCUUCAGCUACAACAACUACACAGAACGUGUCAUCGUAAAAGUGGAAGCAGGAAUCCCCGCCAAGCUUAAGCUCCUUAGUGGGCCUGAGCUGCCUUUGCAGGUCUUGAAUGGUCGCGGUAUUCCCAAGCCAUUCCUGGUGCAGCUAUGUGAUGAGUGGGGAAACCCUUCUCCAGACCAGAGAGUGGUGGUAGAGAUCAGUACCUCCCCAUCGACAGUAAAGGUGAUGAAUUCUGUUAUUUCACAACCUGUGGACACAGAAGGAAAAGCCUCCUUCACUGUUAAUGCUGUAACAGGGUCAAAGGGGUACUAUCAACUAGAGUUUAAAGGUUGCUUUAACAGGAAUCCCAUUCCUGGUCCAUCUGUGAACUUUAGUAUCCUCCCUGAUCCCAACAAACCUGUCAAACUGUCAGUAAACUACAAUGCCAAUGCCAGGUUUCCUGCUGGAGGCACCUUUCCUGUUUUCUCAGUGACCGUCGUGUCUGAUGAUGGGAGUCCAAUGGCAACUUUUAACCCUGCGGAUCUGUCCAUGUGGUGGUGGAAGGGAGAGUCAUUGUCACGUCCAAAAACGGCAACUGAGCUAAAGUGCAGUAAACCACUGGAAAAUGAGAAGAAAGACUGCUAUCAUUUUAGAGAUAAAGAAAUCCCACAAACCGUUGGGAGAUACACCAUACAGUUUUCUCUGCGUAUCGAUAAAGUAGAGGCUCUACUGAGUAAUCAGAUCAAUGUAAAUGUUGUGGCCAAUAAACCAUUCAAGCUGGGACCUGAAUGUCAGCCGCGAACCCGGGUCGUUUCUUACAGCACUGACAUCACCAGUCGAAUCUUAGUUGAGAACAUGACUCUGAAGAUUAUGGAUCAACAUGGUAACCCAGCCGGGCAGGAUCUGAAUGGGGUGGUGUUGAUUUCCAUGAAGUGUCCUGCUGGGGAGCAGCGCAGAAGCCUCCCUCUGUUUGAAGGUGAAACCAGCACCAUUAAAAUGACCUUAAAAGAGGGAAGCACCCACAUCGAAAGGCUGACGAUCGCAGAAAACAGUCCUGGAGACGAUGGAGGCAGAUAUAUUGUCAUGUUCAAAGCUGAAUUGACAAUGCUGCCUAUACCUCUGAGUCCUUUUGAACUUCCCUUCCAUUUUUACAACGACUCUGAGAACCAAAGCAAAAUGUCUGAACUGACAAGGAAGAAAGACGAACUGAACACGCUAUAUAACAAUUACGAAAGCUCAUGGAACACAUAUGUGGAACUCCGUCAAAUGUUGACGCAGAAAGUCUUGGAUUUUGACAAAAAAGAGAAAGACUUCCGAACAAUGUUGAGCAGUAGAAAUAUAUCGCUGUCACAAUCUUUACCUGUCCCAGAUGUUUUGCGACUUCUGAGAGAAAAGAUGGCUGAAAAGGAAAGGAUAGAGAGGCUUCCCAGGAGAAAAUGUACAAUUCCUAAUUACAGUGGGCAGAAUAUUCUUGGGAAGGUUGGUCACCUUGCCGUCAUCGCUGAUGACGAUGCUGCCUGGGUCAUCUCUUGGCACCUGUCCGGUGACAUGGACUGCAUCAUCACCAAGACGACAGAAGAAGCUCAGAAGAUAUACCACCAAGAUUGCAGACAGCAGGUCAUGGCCCUGGACAGCAUUUUUGUGUAUCAAGGAAACAGACCUCUACCUCACAUUAGAAAUGGCCAGGGACUUUUCCAACCUCGUGGGAACCCAAUCUACGCAAGGCACCUGCUUGUUUAUCCCGAAAAUGAGAAGGACUGUGAGCUUGUAUUUAAAAACCUCCUCGGUGACACUAUCCUGAUGGAUGACAUGGACUCUGCCACCAACUACAGAAAGGCGGUUGUUCAGAACAGGAUUUCCUGUCCCACUAUAUUGACACGGCAAGGGAACAGGCUCAGCGCCAAGGGCAAAUUUGGGGGACUGCACAACAAAGCACCCUCAAGGGAUAGAGUGAAUAUGUUUGGAGCCCCUCUACCACCAUACUACUACACACUGAAGGACGACAUAGAUCUGCUCUCUAAGUAUCAGGUUACUUUGGAGAAGAAAAAGCAGUCUGAAGAUGAACGUGAUAGGAUUGUAAAAAAGUCUCCUGAAAUACAACAGAAUCAGCAAAGAAUGAGCGUGAUAAGGAAAGAGCUUGACGAGAUUGAAAGGCAGCUGGCAUCAUCAUCAUCGGUGAGACUAGGUAAACGAGCUGCUGCAAACAUGUUGGAGCCCUCUAGCCUCCUAACGAAGCGCCCAAGAUAAAAUAUCAUUGGGUUGUAGUGAUACUUCUACUUAAUUUAGCGUUUUUCUUAAUUUCAUUUUAGUCCGUUUUGAAUGUUUUAAGACUGUAAAGUUUCCAACUUUAAAAGUUAAUUUACUACAAACCUUGGCACAUUUCAGUAUCUGAAGUCUUUAAGUUUAAAAAAAUAAACUAAUGUUUCCAGAACAUGUAUUUGAGUGUGUACCCAUUUUUUUAUUGAACGUUAUUUUUUACAUAUUGUGAAACUUAAAGCACAUU